AUGGAGACAGGAGACAGCAAAGAAGGGAAAGGAGGGCCCCCCAUGGGGUCUCCAGCGGCAAAGGGGACCCUUCAACACAAAGGACCGUUCAGCAAGUUGUGCAUGGCAACAAGGAGGGCCUCUCCCCAGCCUCCGCCGCCGCCGCAGCAGCAGCAGCAAACGAAGUUAGGUAGAGAAACACCGCAACAGCAAAAGCAGCUGGAGAACCCGGGGUUAGCAGCAGCAGCAGCAGCACCUGCUGCUGUUGCUGCUGAUAGCCCGCAGCGGGGCAAAAUUCAGCUAACACCCCUAGUUGUGGUGACCCCCACAUUGGAAGGGACACAGAAGCAGCCGCAAACGCAGCAGCCAACGCAGCAACAAGCGCAACAGCAAACACAGCCGCAGAACAAACAGAGGGGACAGCAGCUACGGCAGCAACAAAUGCAGCAGCGGCAGCAAGACAAACUACCUCAACAGAAGGAGCUCCAGCUGCAGCAGCUGCAACAAUUGCAGCAGCUACAGCUGCAGCAGCUACAGCUUCAGCAACUGCAGCAGCAGAUCGAGCGACAACACGAGCAGCAGCAGCUACAGCUGCAGCUCCAACAGCAGCAAGAGCAGGAAACUCUGCAGCAGCAGCAGCAACAGCAGCAGAAGGAUUUGCAGCAGCAGCAGCAACUGCAGCAGCAACUUGCAAUUUUGCAGCUGGAGAAACAAAUGUUGCGGGAGAAAGAGCAGCUUCUCCUCUCUCUGCAGCAACAGCAACAGCAGCAGCAGCAAUUAAUGCAGCUGCUCAAUAUGACCCCAGAGGGCCCACCCCUUCUCUCGCGAGCCGGAGUGUCUCCUAUAAAACCUUGUGGGGCCCCACAGGAAGCUGCUGCGGCAUGCAGUGUCUCCUCAAGGACUGCAGCAGGGGGUUUAAAAAACCCCCAAACUCUAGGAGACAGGGGGGUCCUAGCAGCGAAGGGGCCCCUACUGGCGACUGUGGGUGGCCCCCUGGGGGGCCAGCUAGGCGGCCCACACAGUAGCAAGCAGGCGCUGUCAUCUUUUGUGUCAAGCAGCAGAAGCAACAGCAGACCCCGUCUCUCAGCACAAAGAAGAGGGGUCCCUAGAGCCUCCUCUGCUUGUAAGGCAAGGGCGCCCCCCCUAAGAGGCAAACUCCGUGCACGGGAGGACCCCUAUGGGGCCCUCGCAACAACCGUACCCCUUGAGGGGCCCCUACUAGGGGACUGCUGCAACCCUGCAACUUGGGGGAGGAGGCCAUUGGGGGGGCCCCCUCGUAUACCUAAACUUAAGAAGAAGGAGACAGUAGGGGAAAACAGCAGCAAUCUACAUAUUGUCCUUAGGCCAGAUGCACUCCAGCAAAGAGGAAGGGGGACCACCCUAACUUGGGGGAACCCCCACGGCAUGGGGGCCCCUCCUUCUUCCCUAAUGGUAACAAUGGAUGUUCGUGUGGGGCUUCGUCACCUAACCAAGCAAGGCCGCAGUCUUAUAUACACAACAUGGCAGCGGGUUAACUUGGGGCCCCCUGAAGAGGGGGCUCCCCUUGAGGAGACCCCUCAAGAGGGGGCCUUUCAUGAAGGGGCGCCUCUAAAGGGGCCCCUUCACCAAGAUGCGAUGGGGGGCCCUCUAGAGAAGGACCUUCAAGAGGGGGUCGCCCACACAUUUGGGGACCCCAGGCAAACGAUGGAGAAGGAAGCCAAUGGGUUGUCCCCGUCGGCUGUGGAGCCGGGGGGCCACCCCUUGGGGGGAACCAUUUGUUUUGAGGCCCCCAAUGCCAGAGGAAGGCGUCUCUCUGCUGCAGCAGCUGCAAGCAGAAGUGCGCCAGAGGCAGAAGGUGGGGGGCCCUGGCAUAUGGCGCGGGGGGCCUCUAGGGUCCCUCCUACCCUAGUCAGGGGGAGAGCCCCUUUCUACGAUGGGGGGCCCGUAGCUUCAGAAGGAAGGGUACAGGUACCCUUCUUGGGGCCCUUAAACUUGGGUCACCUGAGCAUGGGGACCCUGCGCCUCUUCGAGGAAGCGGGGCAAAAGCUACAAGCCAUCUGCAGCAAUAUAAGUGCAUCAGCAUACAGCACCCAUGCCGCCGCCGCAGCAGCAAUAGCAGCAGCAACAGCAGGACAGCAACACCAGCAGCAGCAACACCAGCAGCAGCAGCAACACCAGCAGCAGCACCAGCAGGAGAAGCUUUACCCGCAGCAGCAGCGAUACCCGCAGCAGCAACACCAGCAGCAGCACCAGCAGGAGCAGCUUUACCCGCAGCAGCAGCAAUACCCGCAGCAGCAACACCAGCAGCAGCAGCUAUACCCGCAGCAGCAGCUAUACCAUCAGCAGCAGCAACAGCAACAGCUAUACCCGCAGCAGCAACAUCAGCAGCAGCAGCAGCAGCACCAGCAACACCAGCAACACCAGCAACACCAGCAGCAGCAGCCACUCCAGCAGCAGCAGCUACACCAGCAUCAGCAGCUAUACCAUCAGCAGCAGCACCAGCAGCAGCUAUACCAGCAGCAGCAGGUCCACCAGCAGCAAUACCAGCAGCAGCAACACCAGCAGCAGCAACACCAGCAGCAGCAACACCAGCAUCACCACCACAACCACCACCACCAGCACCAGCAGCAGCAGCAACAACACCAGCAACAGCAACAGCAGCAACAGCAGGAGGAGGAGGAGGAGCAGCAGCAGCAGCAGCAGGGGCAGCACCAGCAGCAGCCAGACCAGCAGCGUAACAGGGGCACCGUGUAUCUGGAGGAAAGGGGACCCGUGAGGCCCCCCAGAGAAGUGUCGCCUACAGCAGGAUGCGCAAGAGAAAGAGACCCUCUUGAUGACCUUGCCUUAGGGGGGGCCCCCGUAAGACAAGACCCUCUUUAUGAGGGCCUUCCCUCAGAAGCACAAAGCUUAGAGAGCUUUGGUAGUAUCUAUGGGCCCCCUCCCCUCUUUUGUUGA